AUGAACAAACUCCCACAAGAGCUCAUCGAAAGAAUCUCUAGCUUUCUACCUAGAGAGGACUUGCGCAGUGUUCUUACCCUACAUAGCAAAUUUCGCUUUGCAGCAGAAAGGCACUCCGGGGCUUUUGCAGAAUUCACAGUCACUGAAAACAACUCAGCCGACUUCCUCACGCGCUUCUCCGGUCAUCGCCUCCUCUAUCUGAGAGAGGUAACGUUCCGACCAGAUGUCUCGGCAACGUACGACUUAAAGGGUAACGAGGUUGAUGACGACGGCAGCGAUGACGAUGGUGAUGAUGACGACGUUGACGAAGAUGACGAUCGAGUAUUUUGCCGAGAGAGUGCUGACGAGGUGCGAGAGAGAGACGAGUCAUUCACCCGCCAGAUGCAAUUUCUGUUCGACAUCCUUCAACGAGUCGAGAAGCAGGCCGGAAAAUACCACGCUCCGGGCAGGUAUCGACUCACGAUCUACAACCCGAUAAGAAGAACGGAAAACGAAGAUGCAUGCCCCCAUCGCUAUAUGACCAGCUGGCGCGUCCGGCUACUAGCAAAGGACUUACCUCCCAUCGCGUCCAUCCGAUCGUUCAGAAUCGUUAGUAACGACAGGAAAGGGUACGAGUACGAGUACCCUCCCUGGGACCAAUAUGCAUAUACGUAUUGCCUUCGAUACAAUUAUUCCGAGAUGCAGGAAUCGAAGCUCGACCUGCAGGUUCUCAUCGACCUAGCGACCAGCACGCCCAAUCUAGAAUAUCUGGGUACCCGAACCGGAGGGUACGAAUGGUGCGAAUCCCUGGAUGAAGAGGAAGAUCCGUGUAGUGGACACUACGAGCACGACUGGGCAGGACCGCGACGAGAUGCUCGACAUGAUUUCGCUGCCGCAGUUACCAGCUGUGUCGACAAGCUACCCAAAACGUUGAGGCGAGCUACGCUCGACUUUUUAUACCCCUUAAGUCGGGUGAUUGACUAUGAUCACGGAACGCUUUUCCCAGAUCUUGUAGGUAGCAACCUUACUCACGAUCCUUUCUCGACGAGCCUCAGUAUCUUGUGCAACAACCUUCGCCACCUGCAACUACGGGCCAUGAUUGACGAGAGCAUCUUCCCCGCACUAUCGCCACAAAAUCCUGCAACAUCACACACUCCCUGGCCACACCUUGAACUACUUGAUCUCAUGUUUCACAACGCCCGUCCCGAUGGCACAUGGUAUUUCCAAGGCACUGAUGGCCGAGGCGACGUUGCACGCGGUCUCCCUAUCACAGACGCUUCCUACCCACCCUAUAGUCGCACGCAGUUCGAUGAGGACAUGGACGAAUAUUAUGUCGAUAACAUCCGGGGUGGAAGACAGACACGUGGUAAGGAUAAUUACGAGUUCCGGAUUGCUCCUCAUGCCAAUCUCAUCUUACUGCUCGAACGCUUUGCAAGAGCAGCGAUACAAAUGCCGGCGCUCAAGGAAGCAGUGAUAUGGUCGCCCAUAAAGGGGCAAAAUGUGCACCUCGAGCGGCCGAUGGGCAGUAAUCGUGAUCUAGAUGCGAUAUGGGGAAUUGACUACACUGAACCAGACCGCUCUCAAGAGUUCAGAUCCACUCGUCAAUUAGAUUGGUCAGUAGGGAAGUGGCGCCCUGAGAAGGAACUGCAUAGCCUCUUCCAGGAAAUCGGACGCACGAAACAUGGAGAUGAAGUCACGGAGCGCUGGUCCAAGGAUUACAGUUGGGAUGAAGUGUGGUCUUUGUAUGCAACGGAAGGCGACGCGAAGAGACGCUUUCGCAAUUACGGGAAAUGCGUUUAA